AGCUCGUCCCCUCCUUUGUCGUCUUUACAAUCAGGUGUGUUCGUUGUUGUUCGACACCAUCUUGCCCUCUUUCAUACCCUAACUAACCAUUCAUUACAUUACCUUACCUAAGCGUCGACCAUGCCCCUAAAACAGACAAACCUCGGCCCCCCCGCAGCAAGGCCCAGCAACGGGGCCCGCAGUGUCUCCGUCGAAGGUCCCCCGCCGGGAGCUGCCAUUCCACCCAACCGUCUCCAGAAACAAUCACCGAAUCAACAACAACCACCGUCCGGCAGCAGCUCACCAACAUCCCCUACAGGCAGCCACUCGCGCGGCCGCAGCACUUCCAGCCAACCUUCAGCAACACAUAACCGCACUCUCUCAGCAGAACCCCCGCGCAUCGUUUCCACUUCGGCUGACUCGAGGCCAACAUCAACCCAUUCCAACGGCAGCGAUGACGGCAGCAGUCCGACCGCACAAAAGCACAAGCAGAGGAGGAGUUGGUUCGGAGGCCGAUCAGGCUCCAAUCCGGCGGCCAACAAGGGAGACAGCAAUGCGGCCUGGAUUGUUGCGCCAGACAGCAAGGCCGAAUACAGCACGGCGAACCUCCUGAAUGGCGACAAGGUCCCCGAACUAUGGAACGAAUCUGGAAACCUGUUCAUCUACCUCCAUCCUCCCACCAGUGGCCGCGGCCCAUCCUUCAAAGUCCAUGAUUACCUCGUCAGCUCCUCGCAACUAUUGCUGUCCGAGAUUGCCGGCUUCAACAACCCCCGCAAAGCUAGUGCCGGCGGCAGCCUUCUUACCGUCGACGAUGCGGCCAACAGGCGACCAGUACCAUCGCCAUCAGCCUGCGGCGCCAGCCCGACUGACGGACAUCUGUACCUCCCACUCGAGAAUACGAAUCUGGACAGCCUCGUUGCAGCAAGGAAUUUGUUUGCUCUAUUGACCAGCCAGCCCAUCAUUGCCACACACACGUAUCCGACCUUGUUUGCGGCACUCCUUCAAGUGGCUGCCCUGCUCAAGUACUUGGGCUUCAGAAACCAUGAUGGAUCAACGUUUGGUGAACAGGUCGAUGCCGCCUUCAACUCUUUCUUGGACCAGUUUGGCGUUUCGGAUGUGAGAGGCAGCCGCGAGAAGACCAUCCAGGCCAUCAUCUUGGGUGAGCAUAUGCGGUCAUGGACGCUCUACAACGAAGCCUUCACCCACGCCGUGGGCAAGUACGAGUCCAUUCAGCAUCUCAACCUACCCGUCUACAAGAGUAUCUCGGUCAGCACCAGGAACAGGCUUGAGCGCGCCUAUCUGGAUCUCACUAACAGACAGGCCAACGCCAACCUUCGUCUCGAAAACUUCGAGUUCCCUUCCCUGUUUGCUGGCAUUGGCAGCUCGACAUCCAGUGAGGAGGCCAAGCACUUGAACUUCAAGGAAUGGCAAAAGUCCUUCGCCAAGAUGCGCACCUUUGUUCUUGGCUACUACAGGGACUCGUUCGGCAGCUGGCCACCCAAGGCGCGAAGCAAGAAGAACCACUUUUCCCAGAGUGGUCUCAACCGCCAAUGCCUCAAGAUGCUUUACUCCGACUGCUGUGCUCUGUACGACCUGCUCGUCGACCGCGAAUCCAUCACUCCCCGUGUUAUCGACCAAAAGUUCGACGACGGUGUUGCGGAAGCCGAGGCCGAGAGGGAAAAGGCCAAGAAUGCUGGCGAGUUCGAGUACGAACUCUUCCUAAUGCGCUCCGCCCUGCGCGCCAUGCUCAGCGAGUUUGACCACUCCUCUCCACCCGUCCUGCCGCCCAUCCCCUUCGACUGCCCCAAGAUCCCCUCCAUGACCGCCAUCCACGAGAACUACCGCGAACUGGACGCCAAGAAGCGGGCCAAGCUCGACCGCAAGCUGGCCUCCAACGAGAUGCUGCUCAUGCUCAUCAAGUCACGCAACAUGGACAUCGACUCAAUACAGCUCCCCAUCCUCCAAGCCUUCAAGGAGUUCGAGUACAAGGAGGCCAAGGGUGUCAACCCUUCCGACAUCGCCAACCAGCGCGUCGGCUACUGGCUUUUCCUUUACGUCGUUCUGCAGUCCCUGCCUAUGCUCGUCGUCGACGCCCCCCGGCUUCACUGGACCGAAGGAGUCGAAUACUUCCUCUGCGAAGCUCCCCAGGGCAACCCGCCGUGGAUGGAAGAUGCCGGCGAAGUCCGAAAAAUGUGGUAUCAGACCAACAACGGUCAAGGCAUCGUAGAGCUGUCAGCGGACGUGGUCAUGUUCUCCGUCGAAGGUAUCUACAUGCGCUCGCACUGCUGGCUGGCAGCCAAGGAAUGGGAGGCCGCUCUCCUCCCCGCCUCUGCCGCCGCCGCCGCCAUUAACCAGCCACUCGAAGCCGCCGCCGCCGCCUUGGGCGAGGAAAUCACCCCCCUGGAACCACCCCGCCCGGUAUUCCAAGACAACGACUCCUUCGCCUCGGGCCACCAACGUUCCGGCUCAAGAUCACAAAGCAGCUACGGAGGUGGCACUCCCGGUUCCGAACCCGCUUCCCCUCACUUCCGUCCACGGACGGGAUCAACAAUUAGUCGCGGGGUCUCAACCUAUAGGUCUAGCAUCGCCAUAGGCCUCGAGCCGCUCGACUUUAGCCAAUUCGGCCCCAACGGCCCCUCGUCUCAGCAAGAAGCCGAAUUCAUGCAAUCUCUGGCUCCUGGCGGUGACCGUAGCUCCCGCGUCGUUUCUACUCCCGCCAACAUCCCCUCCGGAGGUGGUGGUGGUCGUCCCGACUCGUCCAACUCCACGGCCGCCCAUGGCCACCGCGCGAGUUCGGUCGGCAGCGCGCAGACUCUUGCCGCGCUGGGUAAUCUGAGCGUUGGUGAGGGUCAGGGGAGGUCCAGCGCACCGCCCUCGGCGUACAGAGAUCCUUCUAGGGGUUCAAUUAGUCAACAGGUGCAGCAGCAGCAGCAGCAGCAGCAGUAUCCGAGCCCGAGUGUCAGUCCAAGUCCAUUGGGCAGAGGAGAGUCGCCGCCGAGGCAGUCACCUACUAGACAGGUGGCGCAACCGGCGGCGCCGGCGCCCAGUAAUGGGGGGAGCACAUUUGAUGAUAUCUUGAAGGGGAUGGGGGGACAGGAGAAAAAGAAGAAGAAGGGCUUGUUUUUCUGAGUUAGCGUGCAGUUUUUUUUUCUUUUCUAAAGGGCAAGCAAGCGGUUGGGUUGAAGUUAAACCAGGAUAAACACAGAGAGCGUGUUGACACUUUGCUUUUGGUUGAGCGCUCGUCGGUAAUGGGUGGAAGAAAGUUGGGGGAAAAGGGGGAAAAUGAGGAAGUAAAGGGAUGGAUAUACCAUUUUACUAGUUUAGUAUGUUGCGACUAGUAUAAACUUACGCUAGAACGACUUUGUAAUCAGUGAAAAGAAUAGUUUCUUCACGGUCACUUACUUUACUUGCAUAAAAUAC